GUGAGUAUGAAUGCAACCAUAUACCGGAGUCCAAAAAGUUGGUUGUUUGUCUAAAACUGAUUGCUGUUAAAGCAAAUGCGUGUUUUUUUUCUCUUUUUUUAGGAAAGCCAACGGAACUUUAUCAUGGACAUCCACUGCAAUGUGACAAAACUAGAGGCCUAUUCUAACAUCAACUCCACCAUCUUCCACCUGGUUAAGAUGGUCAGCAUGUGCGUGAGCUGCACCCUGAACACGAUACUCAGCGUCCCCCUGCUCCUGGUCCUUCCUCGCUCCCCGUCCCUCCUGCGACACACCCGCUUCCUGCUCCUCAUACACCUUCUCCUCUGUGACAACCUGCAGCAAAUCAUCUGGACAAUCAAAGCGGUUAUUUUAAUAUCCACCGAAGGAAUACCCGUGACCCAGUGUCUGAUCAUAUGCGCUGCCAACCAGACCUGCUUGAUGGUGGACCUCCUGCUCAGCACCGCUCUCGCUGUGGACCGCUUCGUCGCGAUCAAGUGGCCCCUGCACUAUGAAUUCUUGAUGUGCCAAAAAAGAAAGAGGGCAACGGUUGCGUUCAUAUGGACCUUACCGCUGGUUUUCGGCGGCGUGGCUCUGUGCAUCAGCCUCAGCACCAUCCAGGUCAGCUUGACCCUCUCCCGUUGCCGUCCUCUCAUCUUGACGCCCUGCCUGUCGUCCACGGCGCCCCUGGUGCUUUUUUGCACCGUGGGCAACGCCCUGGUGGUGCCGGUCUGCUACCUGGUCAUCCUGGGAUGCUUCUCCCUCCUAUACCUGGACAUGCGCGGAGGACUUCUCUGCACCAAGAGAGCCUGCGUGACCCUGGCCCUCCAAGCAGUGCAGACCAUUCUCUUCUCAGUCCCCGUGGUCAUGGACAGCUACCUGAUCCCCGGCUACCUGCACAGCGACGCUCUGGACAUCGCCACCACCAUCACCUACAACAUGGGGGUGACUCUCAUCCCUCUGGUUUACGGGUACCGCUCUCGGGAGCUGCAGCAAAGGAUCCGGCAGGCUGCAAGCAUGAACCAAGUCAACAACCAAAUUUCUCCGUAAUGACGGUUUUGAGCUAAGAGCCAUAUGUUCCCAUUCGGCUCUGCAGGGUUUCCUCCCACAUUUGUUUAACCGCACUUAAAAUUUACAUGUUUGAAAAGGGAAGAUUGGAUGGCUGAGUCAAUACGGUAGUUGAAU